CCAGUGCUGAUUUCCCGUACAACGGUCAAGCUAUAGGAGAUGGAGUUAACAGAAACUCUGCCAUUAUUGGAGGUGUCAUCGCAGUGGUGAUCUUCACCAUCCUCUGCACCUUGGUGUUCCUGAUCCGCUACAUGUUUCGCCACAAGGGAACCUACCACACCAAUGAGGCCAAAGGGGCAGAGUCAGCCGAGAGCGCCGACGCUGCCAUCAUGAACAAUGACCCCAACUUCACGGAGACCAUCGAUGAGAGCAAGAAGGAAUGGCUUAUCUAA